CAUUGACCGUGUCAAGUAUCUUGAAACAAAAGGUUGGGAUUGGAUAUAUGCGGACUAUGAAGGUUCUCUGAAAAGCUUGUAUGAAAAGUAUUAUGCGGGUGUCGAUCAGGGGAGGGCUGAGAUGAUCUCUUGUGUUGAUUUUGCCGAUUUCAAAGCUUUGGUUGACAAUGUCGACAGCGAAUCGCAUGUUCCACAUAAAAUUGUGGUUAAGGAGGAGAUUGAUGAUCAUCAUGUCGUUCCUGAGUCCAUGUUUGUUGAUCAGGGCGAACCAGAACCAGAUCCGAGACUAGAUCCGAGACCAACCGGGAGCUGAUCUUCCAGACGAGGAUGUCGCCAUGGCGGACUCGGUCGAGGAGUCGCCUCUGGGGUGUGAUAUCAAGACUCCCGAGAAUGAAGAAAUCGUCGCCUUGGAGAACGCUGUGGGUAAAGGAGUUGAGAUAUUGAAAAAGCUAUAUGCCGUUUUCGCAGGAUCGGAUGCCUUCGGCACUGAGGCAGACUGGAAUGCUGAGAUUGAGCGGAUCCAAAAGUAUGCCUGUACGGAGAAGAUCAUCAUCGGACUAGUUGGAAGCACUGGCGCAGGAAAGUCGUCACUCAUCAACGCGAUCUUAGAUGAGAAGAAUGUCUUGUCUACAAACUGCAUGCGUGCUUCUACUGCCGUUGCAACGGAGAUCUCCUACAACCAAGGAGCCACGAAGUACAGAGCAGAAGUCGAAUUCAUCAAGCGACAUGAGUGGGAACGCGAAUUGGAAGCCUUGUUUGCAGAGCUCCUUGACCACCACGAAGAAGUUACUCGAGGUGCAAUCCCCAAACAUUCCGAUGCAGCGGUGGCGCUUGACAAGAUCAAGGCCAUCUGCCCCAUGUUGACACCCAAAGACAUUUUGAACGCAUCCGUUGCUAACUUGAUGGCGAGCGAGAGAGUCACUGAUCUCCUGGGGACUACUAUGGGCUUUGAGGGAGGCGACCCUAAAGCAUUCUCUACCAAACUAAAAUCCUAUAUUGGCAGCAAGGGAAACGAGGCCGACACAAGAAGUCUGCUAAGAAACAAGAUGCUGCUGAACACCCAGACUCUGCGAGCGACACUGACACCGCCAACCAGGGCAUCGGGCUUUGGCCUCUUGUGCGUGUUGUGCGAAUAUACACCAAAGCCCCAGCCUUGGCAACUGGUGCAGUUUUAAUGGACCUUCCUGGCAUCUUUGACUCCAAUUCCGCGCGAGUUGCCGUCACCGAAGAUUACAUGAGACGCUGUUCGGCUCAUUAAAUCGUGGCCCCCAUCAACCGGGCUGUCGAUAAUAAAGUCGCGCGUGACCUGCUCGGAAAGAACUACAAGCUGCAAAUGCAAAUGGAUUGCGCAUUUAAUGACAUGACCUUUAUUUGUACUG